AUGUCUGAUAACGGGGGCUGCACAGAUGGCCUGCAAGACUCAGAGAGAGGCCUGCUCAGUAGCCCUGAGGAGCGGUCUGAGGUAGACGCCAGCAGGGAGACAUCUUCUGACCCUGCGCUGAGCUUGAAUGUGACCGGAGAUGGUGGCGUCCCCAGCCCAGAAAGUCAAGGCACUGGUGCAGAAAGUUCAAGUGAAGAUAUCAACUUGGAAAGCACAGUAGAUUCUGACCGAUUCUUCAUCUGUGAGGAAAACCUACUCCAGUCGGACCCAGAAGAGGGUUCGCUAGGAGAGGACGAACACGAGGACCAGGGAGAGGAAGAAGCGGCGGGAGAACGGCCCCAGGUACUGUGCCCCGAAGCUCACCCUGAUCGGUGUUUAUCUGCUGAGGAUCGGGCCCUGGAGGACUGGGUGUCCUCUGAAACCUCUGCCUUGCCCCACCCUCGCUGGCAAGUCCUUUCUGCUCUCCGCCAGCGGCAGCUGGGUUCCAGUGCCCGCUUUGUAUAUGAUGCCUGUGGGGCAAGGGCCUUUGUGCAGCGUUUCCACCUGUUCUCUCAGCUUCAAGGCCAUAAUGGUUGUGUCAAUACGGUGCACUUUAACCAGCGUGGCACCUGGCUGGCCAGUAGCAGCGAUGAUCUGAGAGUGAUAGUGUGGGAUUGGGUGCGUGAGCAGCCAGUGCUCGGGUUUGCGAGUGGCCACAAAAAUAAUGUCUUUCAAGCCAAGUUCCUACCCAAUUGUGGUGAUUCCACCCUGGCCAUGUGUGGCCGUGAUGGGCAGAUACGCAUAGCGGAGCUAUCUGCCAUACCACACUGCAAGAAUACUAAGCGUGUGGCCCAGCACAGGGGAGCCUCCCACAAGUUGGCCCUGGUGCCAGACUCCCCUUUUGAGUUCCUCAGUUCAGGCGAAGACGCAGUUGUUUUUGCCAUUGACCUCAGACAAGACCGCCCGGCUUCCAGAGUGGUGGUAACCAAGGAGAGGGAGAAGAGAGUGGGGCUGUAUACAAUAUACGUGAAUCCUGCCAAUACUUACCAGUUUGCAGUGGGUGGAAGAGAUCAGUUUGUAAGAAUUUAUGACCAGAGGAAAAUUGACAACAACGAGAACAAUGGAGUACUCAAGAAAUUCUGUCCUCAUCACCUAGUCAGCGGUGAUUGCAAAGUAAGCAUCACCUGCCUGGUGUACAGCCACGAUGGCACAGAGCUCCUGGCCAGUUAUAAUGAUGAAGAUAUUUAUCUCUUCAACUCCUGGGAAGGAGACGGAGCCCAGUAUGUUAAGAGAUACAAGGGGCACAGAAAUAAUGCCACAAUCAAAGGUGUCAAUUUCUAUGGCCCCAGAAGUGAGUUUGUGGUGAGCGGCAGUGAUUGCGGCCACAUCUUCCUCUGGGAGAAAUCAUCCUGCCAGAUUGUUCAGUUCAUGGAAGGGGACAGGGGAGGCACCAUAAACUGUCUUCAGCCCCAUCCUUACCUACCUGUGAUGGCGACCAGUGGCCUAGAUCAUGAUGCCAAGAUCUGGGCACCCACAGCUAAAGCUACCAAUGACCUGGUCGGCUUAAAGUAUACGAUGAAGAGGAACAAGCAAGAACGAGACGAAGAUCGCCUGCACCACACUGACCUGCUUGAUAGCCACAUGCUUUGGUUCCUGAUGCGUCACCUGACACAGAGAGGUCUUCACCAGCACUGGGGAGCUCCUGGAGCUGAAGUCAUGGAUGCAGAGUGGGAUAUGUCUUCCAGUAGCUCCAAUUCAUCUGAGGAGGAAGAGAACCAAGACCAUGUGCAGUGCCUGCCGUCCUGA